UAAGAACAUAUCGAUAACAUUGUGAUUGGGGACUUCUUCUUCUUUUUAAUUUUGAAAUUAAUAAAACACUAACAAAUGAGAAAAUUUACACGUUGAUGUAUGCUUUUCAGUUCCUGUCAAUUGCGGUUAAAAACCUGACACGAUUAACUCGCUUCUCUCCACAGACAGACGAGUAAUUACGUCUCACAGCAAUGGAUAAAAGGAUAGAGCUUUGAGAUGUCGUCUUUAUCUGAGUGCAUACCCUGGAUGACUGUAGGCUCAGCUGAGUCUGUUGCUAUAGUUACCCUCAACCUCUGUACGAUAAUUGUUUUCACAAAAAAUCCUAACCUCCGCAAACGUAGCACGCACCUGUUGAUAAAUUUAGCGGUUAUAGACAUGUUGGCUGGAGGAUCUGCUGUAUAUUAUCAGUUGUAUGUGGUUGGGGCAACCUGUGAUGUAUGGAAAUGGCAUUCAUUUGAAAGUUGGCCAUUUGAUGUACUCCAAGUAGUCAUGUCUUUGUUACCUACUAGUUCUUUAGCGAACAUUACUAUAAUUGCUUUAGAACGGACACACGCAACUUUCUGGGCUUUUAGGCAUCGCGUGCUGAAGAAAUCGGUGUACGGAAUAAUAGUUGCAGUUUUUUGGGCAACAACUGGCUUGGUAGCAGUUGCUUAUACCCUCCUUAAACAUUUUGGCGAAUUAUCUUACUUAACUUCUGACUUGACGGUUUCUUUAGUUGUGGUGUGCCUUUUGAUUAUUUUCGUUUCUUACGUGUCUAUUGUUAUUAAAGUCCGUUGUGGAGCGCAGCCUCAACACCAUGGUGCAGCCAGUAGAGAAAGAAAACUGACCAUGACAUUGUUGAUUGUGACUGUCGUAUCUCUUCUGCUGUACCUACCAAUUGUGAUCUUUUAUUUUCUCCAGUUUGGCAGAAAAUUUGAAAUAUUGCAGUCACUGUACUCUUCAGAGUAUUUUAAUUUAUCUAAUGGAGUAAUAACUUUAUAUUUUGCCAACAACCUUGUAAAUCCUAUACUAUAUGCUAUCCGCAUGCCAGAAUACAGAUCAGCUUUACUUUCACUCUUUCCCAAACGACCUCACCAACAAAGACGAGUUGUAGAUUUACCUCUUCGUGACAUGUAA